GGGUGUCGGGGCCCCUCCCGGCGGGGCGGGGCGUGCGCGGCCGCACGUCCGGAGCGGGGCGGGACGAGACCGGGCCGGCCCCGCGCGGCACCGGCAGAGCGCCGUGGGGCUCGGGGGGGUGCGGAGCCGUGCGGUGCGGCUCGGCUCUGCUCGGCUCUGUUUCGCUCCCUUCGCCUUGGUUCCGCUCGGUUCGGCGCGCAUCAGCUCGGCUUGACGUGGUUCGGAGCGGAUCGGGUCGGACUAGAGCCCGGCACAGCCCGGCACAGCCCGGCACAGCUCGGCACAGCCCGGCACAGCCAGCAGAGCAAGGAUCGCGGAUCGCGGCGGGGAUGGCGGUGCCGGAGCCGGACGCGCGGCUGGCGCAGGAGAAGGAGGAGGAGAGCGAGGAGGAGAGCGAGGUGCUGGAGGAGAGUCCCUGCGGCCGCUGGCAGAAGCGCCGCGAGCAGGUGAACCAGGGGAACAUGCCCGGCAUCCAGAGCACCUUCCUGGCCAUGGACACGGAGGAGGGAGUGGAGGUGGUGUGGAACGAGCUGCUCUUCACCGACAAGAAAGCCUUCAAAGCACACGAGGAGAAGAUCAAGACCAUGUUUGAGCAGCUGGUGCUGGUGGAUCACCCCAACAUCGUCAAGCUGCACAAGUACUGGCUGGACGUGAAGGACUGCAAGGCACGGGUGAUCUUCAUCACGGAGUACGUGUCCUCGGGGAGCCUCAAGCAGUUCCUCAAGAAGACCAAGAAGAACCACAAGGCCAUGAACGCGCGGGUGAGCGCUGGGGACAGCGCGGCGCCGGGGGUGGCUCCGGGUCCCUGUGCAUCCCUGUCACAUCCCUGUGCCUGUCACAUCCCUGUCACAUCCCUGUCACAUCCCUGUCCCUGUGCCCAUCGCCUUUUCUUCCCCUAUGCCCUCCCAAUGCCCGCCCCGGCAGUUUGGCACCGGGUGUUUGCCAACGGUGGGGAUGCCAGCUGGAGGUGUCUAGGUGAGGGUGCCCAGGUGCAGCUGUCCCAGGGCUGCCCAGGUUGGGGUGCUCAGGUCAGGUGGGGCUGUCCCAGGGGUGCCCAGGUGGGUGCCCAGGUGCGCUCCAGCCCUGACCCUGCCCCGUGUCCCUCUCGUGCUGCAGAGAAGGCCGACGGCACGGCCGUGGACAUCUUCUCCUUCGGGAUGUGUGCGCUGGAGAUGGCCGUGCUGGAGAUCCAGACCAACGGGGACACGCGGGUCUCGGAGGAGGCGAUCGCGCGGGCGCGGCACUCCCUGGAUGACCCCAACAUGAGGGAGUUCAUCCUGUCCUGCCUGACCCUGAACCCCGACCGGCGCCCCAGCGCCAACAGCCUCCUGUUCCACCGCGUGCUCUUCGAGGUGCACUCGCUGAAGCUGCUGGCAGCCCACUGCUUCAUCAACCACCAGUAUCUGAUGCCAGAGAACGUGGUGGAAGAGAAGAUCAAGGAGCUGGACCUGAACAUGGUGAUGGCCGAGAUCCGCAGGGAGGGCCGGCCCGGGGCGCAGUGGAGGUGGAACGGGAUUUACCCCCUGAUGAACUUCGCGGUCUCCCGGCCCCACGCCCUGCCCCGCGCCCUGUCCCAGCCCCCCGAGGACCCCCAGAAAGCCAAGACCCCCACGCCAGAGCCCUUUGAUGUGGAGACCAGGAAGGUGGUGCAGAUGCAGUGCAACAUGGAGCUGAACGAGGACAAGAGCCAGUGGCACCUCACGCUCCUGCUGAUCCUGGAGGACAAGCUGCACCGCCAGCUCAGCUACGACCUGCUGCCCACUGACAACUCCAAGGAUCUGGCCACGGAGCUGGUGCACUAUGGAUUCAUCCACGAGGACGACUGCGAGAAGCUGGCCGCCUUCCUGGAGAGCGCCUUCCACAAGCACCGCUCCCAAGCCCUGUGAGCCCCUGAUGCCGAGGGGCUCCCGACCCAGCCGGCCCAGCAGGACCGUCCCGAUCCGUGCUCCGGGCG